AUGGCGAGGUGGUUCACGGCGCUUGCCGUAGUCGCCGUGGCCUUGGCGUGGGACCGGUCGUGGUUCCCGAAGCUGUUGCAGGGACUGUACCCGCUUGGCGUGGCCGUUAUGGAGGACGUUCGCAUUCCAGAGCCCGUGCUGGACAUCCUUCUUCGGCCCGCUCUCCGCGUCAGCUUCUACGGCCUCGUCGCCCAGACCGAGGGCCCGCACGACAACGACGUCGGCGCGGUGCCGUCGUUCGCCGACAGCCUCCGGCGGAUGCCCGUGGCGCUCUUCACGGCCGACGCCAACGAGCAGCACUACGAGGUGGAGACCGCGUUCUUCGACAUCGCCCUCGGCAAGAGGAAGAAGUACUCGGCCGGCCUCUGGGACCCGGGCACGGCGGUGGCGGACGCGGGCGGUCCGCUCCUGGAGGCGGCGGAGGAGCGCAUGCUGGACGCGUACGUGCAGCGGGCGGGCGUCGAGGACGGCAUGUCCAUCCUCGACCUCGGCUGCGGCUGGGGGUCGGUGACGCUGUAUUUGGCGGAGCGCUUCCCGAACGCGCGCAUCACCAGCGUCAGCAAUUCGCGCACGCAGCGCGCGUACAUCCUGGAGCAGGCGAGACUCCGAGGCUUCUCGAACGUGGACGUGAAGACGUUGAACGUUGCCAGGCCCGAGUUCGACGAGUUUCUGAUUGGCCUCGGUGGUUCCCUGGACCGCAUCAUCUCCAUCGAGAUGUUCGAACACAUGAAGAACUACGAAUCUCUGAUGCGCUCUCUGUCAGUGGCGCUGAAGCCUCAGGGCAAGCUGUUCGUUCACAUAAUGUGCCACAAGUACGUCUCUUAUCAUUUCGAGGAGGACGACCUCAAUGGAUGGAUGACCACUCACUUCUUCAAGGGCGGGACGAUGCCCUCCCAGUUCCUUCUGCAAGGCUUUCAGCAAGACCUUGUCCUCGAGAAUCAGUGGAACGUCAACGGGCAGAACUACACGCUGACGCUGGAAGGCUGGCUGCAGCGGAUGGACAAGCGGCGUGAGGACCUCCUCGGCGUAUUCGGCGACGCGCUCCCGCUGCGGCGCUGGCGCGUAUUCAUGAUCGCCUGCGCUGAGUACUUCCGCUUCCGCGGCGGCUCGGAGUUCUUCGUGACCCACUUGCUGUUCAAGAAGCGCGCUUAG